AUGGCUAACAGCAAAACAAAAAUCACUUACUUGUUGGGUAUUCUCAUCUUGAUAGGUGCAGAAAUUUCAGUUUCUUGUGCAUCUCGUGAUAUUCCAGUAUCAUCGAAGCAGCCCUCUCAGGACAUAAAAGGGGCAUACUGGCCCUCAUGGCUUGCAGAGAGUCUUCCUCCAUCAAGCAUACCGGCUUCACUUUUCACUCACCUCUUCUACGCUUUUGUUCAGUUUGACGCAACCACAUAUCAGCUUACAAUAACCCAACCUGAUGAUCAAUGGAUGACAAAUUUCACGGCUACAUUUCAUGGGAGCACAACAGGGACAAAAACCUUCCUAACCAUCGGAGGAGGAGCAACAAGUCCUUACAGUUUCUCCAGCAUGGUGAGCACUCCUGGUAAUCGUGAUGCAUUCAUACAGUCCACCAUAAAUGUCGCGAGAAAAUACGGAUUUGAUGGUCUUGAUCUUGAUUGGGAGUUUCCAAUUAACCAACAAGACAUGACCAACCUUGCAUCACUUUUUAGAGAAUGGCGUGCUGCCUUGGAGAAAGAGUCUGUUGCCUCAGGUAAACCUCGACUCUUGAUAUCCGCAGCUGUGUACUUCGCAUCUAAUUUCUUCUUAGCUCAAGUACCCUAUUCUUAUCCCGGUGCCGCCAUCAAAGAGUAUGUCGAUUCCAUUAACCCUAUGUGCUUUGACUACCACGGAGCUUGGAAUACUUCAGUAACUGGUGCUCAAGCACUGCUCUAUGACAAGUCCAGCAAUGUGAGCACAAGCUUUGGUAUUUCUUCGUGGAAAGAGGACGGUGUACCCUCGAGGAAGCUAGUCAUGGGGAUGCCAGUGUAUGGGAGGACAUGGCAACUGAAAGAUCCUAAUGAUCACGGGAUUGGAGCUCCUGCCGUGGGAGUUGGCCCUGGAGAUGGAGGAAUCAUGCAAUAUAAGGAUAUAGUGAACUUCAAUCAGGCAAAUAAAGCUACAGUAGUAUAUGACAGCCCAACAGUAUCAACCUACUCCUAUGCUGGGACUAACUGGAUUGGCUAUGAUGACACCAGAUCAAUCACACAAAAAGUCAGAUUUGCCAAGGAUCAAGGUCUUGGUGGAUAUUUCUUCUGGGCACUUGGGUUUGAUGAGGAUUGGACUAUUGCCAAAGCAGGUAAUGAAUGCCCUAAGUUAUCCAGCUUCAUUUCCAUCAUAUUACAGGGUGUUAUAAAAUCAUCUAUUAAUUAA